UGCCGGGCUCACCGCCUCACACCUGCGGACGACGAGCUCUACCAGCGGACACGGGUGACGGUGCUGGAGCCGGAGUCCCCGAAUAUCAUGUUCAUCGAGGGCUACACCAGCCGCGGCUUCACUGUCAGCGGGAACCUGGUGGUGGGGCCCUGCGCCAUCCUGCCCCGCACCAUCCUCCAGUGGAAUGUUGGCUCCUACAGGGACAUCUCGCGUGAGAGUCUGUCACUGUUCCGGCUGCUGGAGCCCCAAAUAGAGAUCCUGGUACUGGGCACAGGAGAUAGGGUGGAGCGGCUCCAUCCCGCCGUGCUGAAGCAGAUGCGGGAGUGCGGGAUCGCUGUGGAGGUGCAGGACACGCCAAAUGCGUGUGCAACCUUCAACUUCCUAACAAGUGAAAAGCGCAUGGCGGCUGCUGGGCUCAUCCCUCCACGGGGCACCUACAUGGGGAUGUAGGCGCUGCCUGCCCCAGGCUGAGCAGCUCUGCCUCUUCCCUGCCUGGAGCCCCGAGCUGUCACCACUCCAGGAAGAGAAACGCUUUGGACUAAACUGUCACAGCCCAGCUAUGGCUGGGUGGUGGCUCUCUGCACACAGGAGGGUGUUGUGAAAUGCGCGGCGCGGGCUCAGCUCUGGCCCGAAGACCCUGGCUUCCCGGCUGCCUUGCCCAGUGCUGCGCUGGGGGGCACAGCGCGAGGCCUGAGCGUUGCUGGCAGCACACCUGGAGCCCUGGUGCUCUGCCUUGGCAGCAGGAAGCCAUCGCCCCAAGGCAGGGCAGAGGCUGGUGGGGUGAGCUGCACACCCCUGGGCACGUUUGGCGCUCCAGAAGGAAAAUACAUGUAAAUUGGAAGUACAAGGCAGUUGCGUGUUGGUUAACGCACAGCAGAGCGAGGCUGUAAUGCACCAUCAAGCUGCAUGUGCUCGCUGCCCCUACAGAGAUGGCCAGGGGUGGCAGGGAGGCUGUGGGUCAGCCACCAAAGCUCCGUGGGCAGCACACAUGGUGUUGGGGCCACCACCUGCCAGCAGCUCCCUGGGCACAGCCAGCACCAGCAACCAGUGCGUCCCAGCUGGCACUGGCCUGCCCCAGGCUCUCCGUCGGGGUUUUAAACCCCCCCACAGCGCCCGUGUCCCUUGUGAAGCCUCAAGCUGUCAUCGGUCCCAGCUCAGCAUUAGGUGCUGCACCCUGUCUCCCUGCAGGCUCACAGCUCAAGCAGGGGACACAGAGAGGGCACUGUCUCCCCCUCCCCAUCUUGCACUGCCUCCUGGUUGUGGGUGCCAUCCCUCGGGAUGAGGUAGGGGGUACGUGUAGCUAAUCGCAGCCUCGGUCCCCAAACCCUGAACCUCCACAGGCCCAAGGAGGGGAUAAGUGGAUGCAGUCCCCAGCCUUGAGGCAGAGUGUGGGCUAGC